AUGUCCGAACCUCAAGAUAAACCCGCCCCUCUCCGCGUGGGCGUAGUGCUGUUCCCAGGCUUCCAAGCCCUGGACGUAUUCGGCCCAGUGGACUGCAUCAACGUCCUCUCCUGGAGCCACAGCGUGACAUUGGCACUUCUCUCCUCAACCCUGGAGCCAGUGACAACAAAGUCACCGUUAUCCGCCAACGCUGUAAGCCAAAGCGUCGUGCCGACCCACACGUUCGCAACAGCACCGUCUCUGGAUCUGCUUCUCGUCCCUGGUGGUCUGGGCGCGCGCGGCUCGAGCCCAGAAAUCGAGGAAGCAAUCUCGUAUAUCCGAAACGUGUAUCCCCAGCUACGCUAUCUUAUUACGGUGUGUACUGGCUCCGGGCUUGCGGCGCGAGCUGGGGUUCUAGAUGGGAAACGAGCCACGACGAAUAAGAGGGCGUGGGCGGAGAUCACGGGGCUGGCGGUGGAUGUUGAGUGGGUUCCUCGGGCGAGAUGGGUUGUUGAUGGUAAGGUUUGGUCUUCCUCGGGGGUUAGUGCUGGUAUUGAUGUUACUCUUGCUUGGAUUGAGGAGGUCUAUGGGAGUGAGGUGGCGGGGAAGAUCGCGAAUAGUAUGGAAUAUACUCGACAUGAGGAUCCUAGUCAUGAUCCAUUUGCUGAACUGUAUGGGCUUUGA